AUGCCGGUUGUUGCGAUUUGCGUUAAAUGGACCAACCACAUGCGGCCUGUGGCAAAGACCCAAGCUAUCGCUCCCCCAUCUUCUGAUGUUGUCGUAGGACUCGUAGCUAGCCACAAAUCACUACCGCGCGGACAACUCAGCUGCCUGCGCUACGGAGCUAUCCACCACUCCCUUGUCCAACAGCGCCCCGCCGUCAGCUGCAUCGUUGCCCUCCUUAGGCAUCUGCCUCGGACACCUUUGACGGUUCUCUUCGUUCUGGAAUCCGACAGGACACACGAUUCACUGUCCAGAACCAAAGCUCCGCUUCGCUGCCUUUUUGUGGGCUUUCCUGACAAGUCGUGUUAUCGCGGUCCGCUUUCCGCCUACCUUGCGCUGUCCCGUUCCCUUCGAACAGACCAUGCCAGCGGGACGAUCUGCUCUGCGUGCUGUACCUGCUUAGGGAAUAGCUCUCUCUCGUGGCUCUGUGCUGGUCACUCUGAGGUGGAAGAAGCUACUUCGAGUGCAAUACUGCUGAGAGGAGUUACACCGCCCCAGAUCCCCUGGAACAAGCAAGUCGUACCGGUAUUCCUUCCACCGGUUUCUGAACUCCGCCCCGUUUCGAGGACGAAUAUUUCCGAGGAAACGACCAAGCAGAUUUUUUUUUUGCCAGUUUUCUCGACCCGCAGGCUCACCAUUUCGGAACAUACUCCACACGCGACCGCCAGAGCUUCUCUUUCGAGUGAACAAGUGCUAUGCCUGGUGGGAAUUGUGCAUGUUGAGCUGUACGCCCUUCCCUGCAGUGUUCGAAGGACGCUCCUAGAGCGCCCCCUUCGCUCUUUGAAGUAUCAUCCUGACCGAAACCCCGGACGGGAAGCCGAGUUCAACGCCAAGUUUCAGGCAAUUCAGGCCGCGCAUGAAAUACUUAGUGAUCCUCAGCAGCGAUUGAAGUAUGAUACCGAGAGGCUCCGUGCUGGAUAUGGAAAGCUCUAUGGUCCUCCCCAAAGCAAUCAAAGCAAUGGCACGCGACGAACGAACACUUCAAGCUAUCCUUCUGCAGCUUCGGGGAAGGCCCCAACUGCAAAAGCAGCGUUUCCUCAACGUUCUUCGUACCAGGCGCCUCCUUCGACGGGCGCUCAAAGAUAUGCAAGCUAUACAAAGACUGCUCCCCAACAACCAUGGGAGAAGGUGUAUGAGGCACAGACAAGAGCUGAUGCGUUUCGCGGAUUUCAGGAAAUGAAGUCGGGCGCCAAUGCUUCAGGCUGGUCUAAGUUUGAUCCUCGGACUGGGAAACCUACUCAGCAACAAACUGGUAGAAGUACACCAACUGCCAUGCCUGCGGGCAUCCCCUGGACCUUCACGCUCUCAGUCAGCCAAGAAAAACAGGGCUUUGCUCCAAGUAAUCCAGGUGGCGAUGAACCCAUGGCACGAAAUGUCUCUUCAUAUUCGAGUACGCCUCGAGCCGAUAGGACUUCUGCAUUUUUUGACAGCGUACCGUCGAAGAAGAGUCCAGUAGAGUCAUCUCGGCCAGCCUCUCCUCAGGAGGACUAUGCCAUUCCGGAGUUUGAGAGAACAAGCACUCGCUACGCGACGACUGGUGGAGAAAAGACUUAUUUUUCCAGCGCAGGGCUUGGCCGUUCCACUAGCAUGCGUGACUCCUCUGGCAGUUCCAGAACUCGCCCCCGUACCAAUCCUCCCAGUCCUACUUCUCCCCUGUCAGGUAGACACCACAGCGCCAGCCCCAAGCUGAAAACACACCGGGACCGGACAUUUUCCUCCUCGACUAGUUCCAGCGAUGUGGAUGAGGACGAACGACCGCAGUCCAAGCCAAAGGCGAUUCCUAAGAGUCGAUUACGGCCAAACCAAAAGAUCUCGGAUUUCUACUCUCCAAAGGAUUGGAACCCUGGAUUCGGUGAGGACUCCUCAGGCAGAAUGAACGCCCCUCAAUUCCGGGACUACUUUCGUUCGUGGAAUAGCUUUGGUUCAUCCAGGCCGCACAGCUACGAUGACUAUGUGGACCGCAAUUAUACUGACAGUGAAUGCCACAAAGGUUUUACGUACCGAUCAGAGCAUCCAUUUCCUACCGCGGAGGCUGCCAAGUAUGAGUUCCAGGAAAAGUCUGCACAAGACAAGGGAGAGAAGAAAACGUUUAACUUGUAUGGCCCACCCCCCAAAACCGAUACCCCUGUUUCACGACAUAAAUGGAGGCACCCUACCCCCAGGGCUGUUUCGGGUGACUUGCACCGUAACACAGGAUCUGACCCCUCUUCCCUGGGCGUCAAGUCCCUGGCCACUUUACCAGUCACUAAGCGACUAAAAGUGUGCCAUGAUGUGGAAUGUGCAGUCCCCGAUUCGGAAGGGAUCCUUGCUUCCAUGAACCGAAUCUAUGUCCCUGCAUUAUCUUGCAUAUCUACAUCUGGAGACCAGAAAGCUGACUCUGUCAACCGUCACAGCUUUGGAGAACCGGCGACGGACAAGACAUUUGCUAAUGGCGGCCCUAAAAGCAAGAGCCACGAACACCUGAACAAACGCUUCUCCGCCAGCGAAUGGAAUGGUGUCUUCCAAGGAGGUGACUUUUUCUCACCAACUACGUCAAGCAACGGCAAACGCAGCGGAUCAAGCACGUCUCCGACGCGUGAUCAGAGCACUACAAGACAGGAUUCAGCUUCGCAACCCAAUGCCACAUCAUUGAACGAAGAUUCUUCAAAACAGCAAAAGCCAGCGCCGUUUGCACCAGGGAAGUUCUCUGCGGACGCGUGGGCCCAACAACUACAAAAUAAUACAUGGGCAGUUCCACAUACAGAGAUUGGCAAACAGCAAACGAAUCCUCGCUCUACGAGAAGCCCUAGAAAGCAGUCAAGAUCUACAGCUAAACCAGCGACGCGCCCCCAGCAAGCCACUGUAUCUUCUGAAGCGGAAGAAGAAGAGGCGACUAUCUUCGAGACAAAUAACCGUGGGUCUGCUGAAGCGACCGUUGGGACACCGGAAGCGAUGGAGAUCGAUGAGGAGCCUCCGAAUAAAGCACAAGCUCCGCCGGUCGAUGGUGCUGCUGAGCCAGUAACGGCACGGGCAGAGUCCAAUAAGUCAGCGUCGCAACCCAAUGGGGCGAAUAAGACAGGGUCCGGAGAAGCUACCGGCAACGGUGGAAAGGCCAAUGGAGCAAAGAAUGACUUGUUCAACUUGAAGAACCUAAACGACGUGUCUCCCUUUACUAGCACGAAUAGUGCUGGCAUCGAUGACCUGAAAGACAUUCAAGCCAACUUGCCCUUCGAGUCCCGCCCUAACAACCCGAAUGUUGGCCGUCGCGUUGUCCGACCACGUGAGCUGAAUCUUCCCAACCCGCCUAAGCGACCUCGUCGACCUGCAGUGGUUCCUGCUGGUAACGAUCCGAGACAGAUGGUGCUCCCACGGAAGGCAUGGGAGCGCUAUGUGGCAGAGAUGAGUGCUUACAUGCGGGAGUGGAAUGAGUUCAAUCGGUUGAUGCUCAGGCAUUUCAAUGCCCGGCAGGAAGCGGUCGAGACUGGGCUUUCCCCUCAGUGGAUCAGUGCGGUUGGGGAUUCUACCCGACUGAACGUCAACGCAGAAGAUGGCUCACGGGAUGCAGAUGCGGGAGAGGUGGACGACACUGACGACAACCUCGUUCCCGGAAAGCCCACCGGUGGAUUUAACGCGUACCUCCGUGGUAUUGAGGAGGAUUUCAAGGUCCGUCAACAUUGGGAGGUGUCAUGGGAGCGGCAUCGGGCUUGUAUCUUGGAACUAGGCGAGCUGCGCGACUGGAUCCGGAAUGUAUUUGUAGAAUUUCCUUCGCAAGACCAUGAUUUAUUUGAUGCGAUUCGUCAAUGGGGGGAUGAAGGUACGGAAGAAUCACGACAGACCUUUUUGCAUGAUGCUGUCGCUCUGUUUUUGGAACCUGUCGCGACUAAUGGGUUUGUUUUCGCUGCUUCUACAGGCAAGGGGAAAAUCACGGAUCUACUCUCGCAGAAUGCGACACUGUGCUGUCGCUCUGCUGGCGGCCAUAAUGCCGGCCACACCAUUGUUCAUGACUCUGUGACCUACGAUUUCCACAUCCUUCCUUCGGGUCUCGUUUCCCCGACCUGUAUCAAUCUCAUUGGCGCCGGCACGGUCGUCCACAUUCCCAGCUUCUUCAAGGAAUUGGCCGCGUUGGAGGAGAAGGGCCUCAAGGAUGUGAGUAAGCGCGUUUUCAUCUCCGACCGCGCACACGUCUGCUUCGAUCUUCACUCCGUGGUCGACGGGCUUGAGGAGGCCAAACGUGGCGGGCGCAAGGUUGGGACGACAGGCAAGGGAAUCGGCCCCUGCUACAGCGACAAGGCUGCCAGGAGAGGUGUUCGUGUGGGAGAGAUUCUGGACGAAGAGCUCUUCGAGAGGAAGCUGAGGAACCUGGAGUCGAUAUACAAGAACCGCUUUGGAGAGCUGGCGUACGAUGUCGAAGAGGAAAUUGCGCGAUUCAAGGAAUACCGCAAGAUCUUGAAACCAUUCAUUGUCGACCAGCUUCCUUUCCUUCAGAAAUACCAGCAUGCCGCUGACACGAUGCUCGUCGAGGGCGCCAACGCCCUCAUGCUGGACCUGGAUCAUGGCACCUACCCGUUCGUUACGUCUUCCGCGACCGGUGUCGGCGGUGCCAUCCAGGGCCUGUCGCUGAACCCGAUGAGCAUCAAGUCGAUCAUCGGGGUCGUCAAGGCCUACACCACUCGCGUCGGCUCCGGUCCGUUCCCGACCGAGCAGGAGAACGACAUCGGCGACAAGCUGCAGUCUAUUGGUAACGAAUUCGGAGUCACGACUGGCCGUCGCCGACGCUGCGGGUGGCUCGACCUCGUCCUGCUGCGGUACUCGCACGCCAUCAACCACUACACGGCUCUCAACCUGACCAAGCUGGACGUGCUGGACAGCUUUGACGAGAUCAAGGUGGCCGUGGCCUACAAGCUGCCUGACGGGACGCGCGUGGAGAGCUCGUACCCGGGCGACGCCAACGUCCUCGAGAAAGUCGAAGUGGAGUACGUGACUCUGCCAGGCUGGAAGAGCAGCACGAUGGGCGCCACGAAGUUCGAGGAUCUCCCGGCCAACGCGCGCGCCUACGUCGAGUUCAUCGAGCGGGAGAUGGGCGUCCCGAUCAAAUGGAUCGGCACUGGGCCGGCAAGAAGCCACAUGAUCAUUCGGUCUUAG